AUGCACCGCACAAACGACGCGUCGUCAACGGUGCAGGUCCAGCAGCCCGCAAAGUUUUCUCGAUAUCGAUCAGUGAGAAAGGCUGCGGCCGCGAAGCAGCUUCCUGGCUCGACUGCGCCGCCUCCGCUGCCCACCCACCCGUCGAGCAGCAAUCCCGGCGUUGCUCAACCUCAGAAUGAAUCAAUCCAGCGGAGCAUGUCUCGCUAUCGCCACGCGAAGCCUACCAAGAUCGUGACUUCGAUACCUCCUCCGCCUCCACCUCCCGUUCCCGUCGCGCAGAUUCGACAGUACGCGGACAUUGAGAAUUGGAUUGACAACACCGAAAGCAGCCAGUAUGAAGCACCACCGCUGCAACCAGAGCAUGAAGCACCAGUGGCACCCGUGUAUGACGCGCCGAAGCAGAGUUUGUCACAGCCGUCGAGCCCGAAAUUUGGGAAUUUCUCGCGUAUCCUGGGGAGAAACUCUUUGGAUCGGCGCAGGGAUGGAGGAGAUCCUUCUCCACCACGAUCUGCAGGGGAGAUGCAGUCACAUUUGAAAGCCAUCUACUCCCCGGGACCUAGGGAGGAGGCAGAGCCCAAGCGCACCCGUGGACGACCUGAGAAUAUUCACAUUCCUACCUCUCCUUUGCAACAUGCACAUGUGCAAGAUAACCCUAAAUCUCCAGUGGAUGUUCACAAAAGCACGCGUGAAGAGCUUCUUGCAAACGAAAGAGCUGCAGCAAUACAUAACGCCCCUAGUUCGAGCAAGAAGCUUGUGAAAGAGAGAGGCGGUCUCCUGUCACGUAUCAAAGGCGUGGAUCCAAACAGCUCCUCAAAAACACAGCGUGACGCCAGGGAAGAUUUGAAAACUUUAAUAUCUUCUCCUAAACUCAUAGAUCCGAGAGAUUUACCAACUGGGCUGCCAGAUGAUACCCCAGUUUCUGCGGUGAAUGCUGGGGAAAGAAAGGUGCUGGUUACCUGCAAUGACUCCUUUAUCAAUCUUCCAAUCACGCCCACAACCAAGGCCCAGGAUCUGUUGUAUUCUGCUGCAAACUGCCUGAGUGAAUCAAUCGAUCCCAAGACAGCUGUGUUGAUGGAGAGCUUCAAGCAGCUCGGCAUAGAAAGACCGUUACGGAGAUAUGAACAUGUUCGGGACGUGAUGAAUUCGUGGGAUGACGAUACGCAGAAUCAUCUGGAAGUCGUUACAGCCCCGGACGACAGUGUCAGUGAAGGCCUCGACGUUCGAUCAGCGCCUCGCAAACAACCAAAAGAUGCAACUUUCCAGAUCUACCACUGCCAACGCCAAGGGAAGUGGGAUAAGCGAUUCAUCACCGUGAGGUCUGAUGGCCAGGUGUUGAUGGCGAAAAAGCAAGGCGCGGAGUCUACGAAUAUAUGCCAUAUGUCAGACUUCGACAUCUACUCCCCUAAGAAACGGGAGUAUCGGCGGAUUAAGCCACCGAAGAAGCUGUGCUUCGUGAUCAAAAGUCAGCAAAAGUCGAACAUGUUCCUUACAACCGACAAUUUCGCACACUUCUUUUCCAUGAGCGAUUCAGAGUCCGGUUGGCAGUGGUAUAACGCUGUGCAGCAGUGGCGCAGCUGGUACCUGGUCAGCGUUAUGGGAGAGGGUAGCAAUGAUGGGAAACCUGAAGCUCAAACGGGUGCGAAAGGGGUUUCUCACGACAGUGCGAACCGUCUUUCUAUCGGGUCUGCCACCCCAUAUCAACUCGGUUCGUUCAAGCCAUUAGUUGAUAUGGAUCUGCUGGCGGAUGAGAUAGCUGCGAGACCACUCACGCCCUCGGACGAAGGCCCGCCAACUCCGAAGAACUCGUCAAGUAUAAAAGCUACUCCUAUAAAGAGUCAUUCCAAUUCACCGCUUGCCUCGGCUCCAACUUCACCAAAAAGGUCACACAACCCUCCGAACCGUGCGACUGAGAAGAGUCGUGGACGCAGCCAGACGACGACCGCCAGGCGGAAACCACCGGUUGACGGUGAGCCAUUCACGUCAACGGGAUUGCUGGGACGUACUUAUACCGUGCGCCAGAAUGCAAUGCGGGAGCGUGAGAAAGAGUUGGCAGAACAAAACAAUCCAUUUACUGCCAACGGCCUACUAAAUAAUCUGGAGCUGCCCCCACGGCCCUCAGACCCUCCGGUGCACACCUCUAGCAAGCCCCCAAGCAGAGAAAACACCAUCCGCUCCCCCCCUUCUAGCCGCCACCGUGCAAAAUCCAUCCAGCAGCCCCAAAAGCCCCUUGUCGACCUCACCCCAACCUAUCAAGAACCACCUCAGCACGCGCGCAAGGGUCGUGGCGUGGCCGCCCAACCAGGAACCCUCCUCGUGGACAAAGCCACGGGCCCCGAGCUCUGCCCCGGCGCAAUCGUCGUCCCCAGCGCAAACACCUGGCGCAAACCGCAACGGAGCGGCACCAUGUCGUCACACGUCCAGCGCCCGGAUCACUUUGCGCAUUCGGCACGUGCCCGCCAACGUUCGAACACGAUGCGCACGGUACACCAUCCAGCUGCUAUAUCGGCGGUUCCGCUGCCAGACACGCCGUUCAUCCCCACGGGCUUGCUUGCGCAGAAUAAGGUAAACCACGCGCAGGGUUCUGCGCAGACGGGCCGUGGUGUGGCGACGGGGGCCAGGACGGCUGGACGGCCGUUACUUGAUGUGUGCCAGUCGAGUAAAUUCGCAGAAGGGAGCUUGCUGCGUAGCGUUGAGCAUCACAGGGCUGGCGAUGACGAGACGAAUACCGAACUCAUAGACGGCGGGAACGGGGAGGGAAGCCAAUGA